AUGCGAAACAUCGAAGGCACUGGACGUGAAGCUCUCGAGGUAAGUGCAGAAUCAAAGUUUGCGCACUGAUGAUAACGACGGAACGUAAGAAUUUAUAGUCGAAAUGGCUUCUGUGUUAAAAUGGAUGGUUGGUAAAUACAAAAAAAUACCAAUAAAAGCAGGGCGGGAACGCACUUUCUAGGGAACGAUCAAACUACGCGCAUAACCUAAAUGGCGAGCUUAAACAAAUCGAAUACUAACGACAAAUUUCCGGAUAAAAGAAGCCACAAGUGGUGACAACUCCACACUGAACCGAAAAUUUAACCGGCAAUGGCCAAGGCAGUGCAACAAAACAGACAACUGCACAUGUAAUUUUAGAGAUAACCGAACACCCAAUCAUAUACGGCAACCCAGAUACACGAGUCUGCUUACACCAUCAAAAUGAACUAGCCUAUUGGAACAGCUGUGUGAUUCGAUGGUUGGAUUAAGCGCAGGUAAUUGUAUCCGCACCUUAAGGCAGCAUGUGGCAAUAUCUACAGUCUGGACUGCCAGCAGGAAAUCGUAUAUUUCCUGACCGAGCCUUUCGAUGAUGAUGAUGAUGAUGAUGAUGAUGAUGAUGAUGAUGAUGAUGAUGAUGAUGAUGAUGAUGAUGAUGAUGAUGAUGAUGAUGAUGAUGAUGUCGAAUUUUCGACAGUUGAAGAAUUUUCUUCCCCGAGACUUUGA